CUACAAACACCAGAAACUUUUAGUAUAAGGUAACCUAGGAUACGAUAUAUAAUGUAUAAAUGAUGUAUUGUUGCUAUUAUUCUUUUUGAUACAUUUUAUUUUAAGAUAUGCUGUAUUUACAACUAAAAUCCUUGAAACAUUAAACAUUUCUUAAAGAAAAAACAAAAGCCGAAUAAAAACAGUACGUUAUAUUGUACAAAGACUAAUAAAUACGCUAAAUAAAAUGAUACAAGUAUACAAAUUCAACCAAUAUUUCAACAAAGAAUGUUUCAACUAUUUGUGUGCUUAUUACACAUGUAACCGCUGUACUGGAUAUGCUAGUACUAGAAAGAUAGUACAGUAUAGGCUUUUUUCUGCAUGAAUUUGUGAUAACGCUUGGUAAAGUUUGAUAUGUUUUGAGUAACAAAUGUAUAUACAAAGAGACUUCAGUGACGAUUGUGAACGUUCUUUUGAUUUUCUAUUAACAUUUUCUCUUGCAGUUGUUACCGGCAAGGUAAUGGUGAAAUAGAUAAUACUUAUUAUUGUUACUGUCACAUAGUGAAUUCGCGGUCGCGAUUAAGUAACAUGACAUUGCGGCUAAAGAGCACGCAUAAUGCUUAUGGCCUGAUGUACAUGUCCAUACCGGUAUAUAAAUGUGUCGCCGCCAGUGAGAAAGACAUGCAGUUCCAGCUGAAUUGUGUACAGCAACUAACUAGAGCAACAAUGAAUUCGUUUGCGCUUUCGAUUGUCGUACUGGCGGUGGGAGCCAUCUCCCUGUCCGCUGGACUACAGCACUACGUGGUGGAGAAAAGCUUCAACCAGGCGCAGAAGGAGUGUGCCGAGUAUCAGGGUGUAGCACAUGACGAUCUGCUGCGCUACGUGAAGGAGGGCUACCCAGACGUGGAGGACGUACGCUGUUUGCUGCGUUGUGUUGCCUUCAACCUUCGCUUCUGGAACCACACCACCGGUCUGCAGAAACACAUGGUCGAGGGACACUUCGUGCCGCGUCCGGAUGACUUCCACAACGUGGAGCGCACGGAGGCCUGUCUGGCAGAGAACUUGUACACCUGCGACGAUGAUCUCUGCACGCAAGUGUACAAGGCGUUCCAGUGCUACUACCAGCACUACGGUGCGCUGAGCGAGUGCCCACAGUUCGUGGUCAACACCUACCAUGAGGAUUUGCAGGCCUCUUACGAUCUGAUGGGUAUGAUGGCUCUGACCCAGCACACGCUCCAGAACCUGGCCGGAGGUUGCUUCCCGAGCGGUGAGGAGUCCCUGUGCUUCUUCUACGCAUUUGUGACCCGCACCGGACUGUACAGCGUGGAGGAUGGUGCCCAUCUGGAGCAUCUGUACUACCAGUACAACGAGGAGGUAUUCAACCCCAACAAUGCCAAGACUGUCGCCUGUCUGCAGAACCAGAAGAAGCUUGCCUGCAAGAAGACCGUCUGCCAACAGGCCUACGACACCUUCCAAGCUUGCUUCGCUGAGUCUCACGGUCUGGAGUAUCUGCUCCACACCGUGUUCGUCGACUCUGCCAAGAACUUCCUCGGUCAGCCUGUCUGCUACUGCGUCAAGGGCAAGACUUGCCCGAUGCACCAAUGCUAUGGACGUUAAGGGAAACAGCUAUCAAACUGAUCGGCACGAUUUUAAGCUCAAUUAAUAAACGCAUUUAACAAAUAAUCAUGUUUCUUUCUUCGAUGUUAAAGUAUCUUGUUUAAGUGUGUAUGUACAUAUAUGCAAUAUUGUAUAAUAUUUUAUUCCCUUUGAUUAUGCAAAUUGGAUAUCAGACUUGGGUGACUUAAGUCGAAGAUCAAACUUAAGUCGAAGCAUCUAUUAACCUGUUUUACUAUCUCUUUCUGCUGCUCGUAGGAGUCUGCUCGUUUAACGGCUCGUUUCGGAGUCAUAAAAAAACCCCGGCAUAAGCGUAUAAGUUAAGAUUCGGUCAUUUUACUCACUCAUGAGUGUAAGCAUGUAGCCGUGGUGAGUCGAGUUGCAAAAAGAGUAAAUACGUGAGUUGAAACGAAACUUUUGAUACACAUGAGUUGAAGCGGAAUACAUGUGUACAAUAUCCAAACUAGCCAAAUGAAUAUACUUCUUGCUCUGCCUAACUAUCAAACCUGGAUAAGCGAACAAACGGGUUAGUUUGAUCGGCAAGGAAACAGGAUACUCCUCUGAUAAGGAAAUUUUUAAAUUUUUUAGAUUUUUUUAAAUAUUUGUAUUAUUUUUCAUUCUUUUUCAUUCUUUUUUCAUUUAAAGUAUUAUUUGAGUGAAAAGAAACUUAUUUGAACCAAUUGGCAUUAAAAUAAAACAAUUUAAUUUUUUUUGCAAAAUUUCCCAAAAAAAUCGUAAGGGGUAAGCCUUAUGAAAUUUUCGAGUGGAAAAUUUUUUUGAAAUUUUUUUCUGAUUUUUUAUUCUUUUUUUAGUUUAAAGCAUUAUUUGAGUGAAAAGAAACAUAUUGCAACAAAUUCCCAUUAAAAUAUAUCACAUUUUUCAAUAUUGCUAAAUUGUUCAGAAACAGGGUAAGGAACUUGGUUCCCUGAAUAACU